GCACCCGGAAGUGAACCCCGGUCUUGUGCGGGCAGUGGGGAGGCAUGCAGGUCUCCAGCCUCAACGAGGUGAAGAUCUACAGCCUAAGCGCCGGCCGGAGCCUGCCGGAGUGGCUUUCUGAUAGAAAAAAACGAGCACUGCAAAAGAAAAAUGUUGAUAUUCAUAGGAGAAUUGAGCUUAUCCAAGAUUUUGAUAUGCCUGCUGUUAGCACCAAGAUCAAGGUAUCACAAGAUGGGCAGUAUGUGAUGGCAACGGGCACGUACAAGCCAAGGGUCCGAUGUUUUGAUACCUAUCAGUUAUCUAUGAAAUUUGAAAGAUGCUUAGAUGCUGAAGUGGUCACGUUUGAUAUUUUAUCAGAUGAUUACUCAAAGAUAGUUUUCUUGCAUAGUGACAGAUAUGUGGAAUUUCAUUCACAACAUGGCCGUUACUACAGGACAAGAAUACCAAAAUUUGGAAGAGAUUUCUCAUAUCAUUAUCCAUCCUGUGACUUAUACUUUGUAGGAGCAAGCUCUGAAAUAUACAGACUAAAUCUGGAACAAGGAAGGUAUUUGAAUUCUCUACAGACAGAUGCUUCAGAAAAUCAAGUAUGUGACAUAAAUCCUGUACAUGGUUUAUUUGCCACUGGGACAGUUGAGGGAAAGGUGGAAUGCUGGGAUCCUAGACUGAGAAGUCGAGUUGGGGUCUUGGAUUGUGCUUUAAACAGUGUGACCGCUGAUCAAGAGAUAGGUGGCCUGCCCUCGGUUUCCGCCCUGAAGUUUGAUGGAAGUUUAAAGAUGGCUGUCGGGACAACCACAGGGCAGGUCUUACUUUAUGAUCUUCGAUCGAGUAAUCCAUUAAUAAUGAAGGAUCACCAAUAUGGUCUGCCAGUCAAAUCAGUCCAGUUCCACAAUGCAUUAGAUCUGAUUAUUUCUGCUGAUUCACGAAUUAUAAAAUUAUGGAACCAGGACUCGGGGAAAAUAUUUACCUCCAUAGAACCUGAACAUAAUAUUAAUGAUGUUUCCCUGUACCCUAAUUCAGGAAUGCUGUUCACAGCCAAUGAAGCCCCUAAAAUGAACAUCUACUAUAUUCCGGUUUUAGGUCCUGCUCCAAAAUGGUGCUCAUUUCUUGAUAAUCUGACAGAAGAGCUGGAGGAGAACCCAGAGACAACAGUUUAUGAUGACUAUAAAUUUGUAACAAGAAAAGAUCUUGAAAACCUUGGGCUUUCUCAUCUUAUUGGAUCACCACUUCUCCGGGCAUACAUGCAUGGCUUUUUCAUGGACAUACGACUGUAUCAUAAGGUUAAAAUGAUGGUAAAUCCUUUUGCGUAUGAGGAAUACAGGAGGGAGAAAAUUAGACAGAAGAUAGAAGAAACACGUGCACAAAGAGUGCAGCUAAAGAAACUUCCCAAAGUUAAUAAAGAACUUGCACUGAAGUUGAUUGAGGAGGGAGAAGAGGAACCACAAAAUGCUAGAAAGAGGAAACAGAAGAAAAUGCCUAGCAUUCUUAGUGAUGACCGCUUCAAAAUCAUGUUUGAGAAUCCUGAUUUCCAGGUGGAUGAGCAGAGUGAAGAGUUUAGGCUGCUUAAUCCACUUGUUUCUAAAAUAAGUGAGAAAAGGAAGAAGAAGUUAAAGAUGUUAGAGCAUCACGAAGCCCUGGGAGAGGAAGAAGAGGAAGAGCCAGAAGGAAAACCAAGUGAUGCAGAAAGUUCUGAGUCUUCAGAUGAUGAAAAAGGAUGGGUUGAAGAGGUCAGGAAACAGCGCAGACUUCUAUGCCAAGAGGAAAAAGUAAAACGGCAGGAAAGGUUCAAGGAGGAUCAGAAAACAGUCCUGGAACCAAAGUUUUAUGAGAUUAAAGCUGGGGAAGAAUUUAGAAGUUUCCAAGACACUGCCAAAAAGCAAAAGUUAAUGAAAAAGUCACUUGGAGAUCGCUUGCAACUUGAAGAGAGGGUUGGUGCACUUAGUGUUCAUGAUACCACUGUAGGAAGUAAACAAGUUACCUUUAAAUUAAAAAAGUCUGAGCAACAUAAAAAACAGCAAGAAGCAGAGAAACACCAUCAUGAAGAGAGGAGAAAACUCAGGCGAUCAGCUGGCCAUCUCAGAAGUAAACAAGGAAAAAGGCGACGCUUCCAUUGAUAGAGUAAUUCUGCUUCUUUCCUUUGGGGACUCAGAAAUUUAUUUUAAUUCAUGGACAAAAAAUCAAGACCUCUUCAAAUCCACUACGAUAGAGGAGAACAAUCCACAGUCUAAUUACUGUAUGAUGUGGGGAGUCAUAGGGAAUCUCCUGUUUGUACCAGGCAUAUUACAGUAAUGUUUCUGAAGAGACAGCAGUUGGUUAUUGUAUAACCUUGUGUGUGGUGGCUCAUAAGUGUACAUUGCUAUGUGAACUGGAUUCAACCUUUUAAAAAAUAAACAUUAAUAGUAAUGCGGUAUUUCAAAGGGCUCAAAUCUUAAGGACCAGAAAAGUUUGCCAUACUUUUAUGGUAUAUGAACAACAGAACGUAACCAUGUUGAUAUAUAUUUACGGAAUCAAGCGAUUAAGAUAACAUUUGUUUCACUUCUUCCCAACUGAUGAAGUUAAAGUAAGCUUUUAUUCUAGCAAAAGAAAAGUAAAGAUUUACUUUAAAGCUCUUCUUCCUGACAGUAAUCUGUUCAUGAUCCUGAAGAGGAGCUAAAUUUAAAUCAUUAUAUGUGAGAUUUGUAUGCAAAUUCAUAGAUGUCAAUUUUGCUAAACAGAAUCUAAAAAAUUAUUUCCUACAUUCAGUACUAGUUUCAUAUCUGCUCUGAUUUUACAUAUAUUUCACCUACUGUAACUGCUUUUUAUUUUCACUGUUGACAGAUACUGGAUUAGCUGAUGAGCCUGCAGUCUAUCAAAUAUUAAUUAUAUCUUCAAUGUGAAUUUUAUUUCAGCACAGUUUUUAAAUAGCCAGGUGUUAGUUUACUCAGGCUUUGUGUUCACAUUUCUGUGCCUGAGCACUGAGAUUUUAUGAAUUCUUUUAAAACAGCUUCUACUUUAGAUGGGAAAAUUUAAUCAAUUCUUUUCUCCACCCUUUGUACUUGUAUCUUACCAACAGGUUUUUUCCUCCAGAAGAGACAUACAUUUGUCAGAAUAAACACUCCUUCCAUCAUUUUCUCUAGGAAUGUAAUAAAAGUGAAUUAUUUGGAAGAAAACAAAACAAUUGUGGAAAAGCUAGAAAGGGAAAAAUUUUUGAGGUUCAUUUCAAAAAUAAAACUAUUGAAAAUUGUAGUAAGGAAAAAUAUAGUUGGACUUCUCUAGAGAAGCUCACCCAGAAAAAUCUACAUGGAGUUGAUCAUGAGGUAUAGCCAUGUUUAGUUUUAAAAAUGCAGAGAAUGAAUACAAAACCAUCUUCCUUUCCAGCUGUAUUUCAAGAUAUUAUUUUAAUAAAGCAAAUAGCUCUCUUUUCCUAAAAAAAGUUUAUGUACCCACAAGUCACUGCUCAUUGUCUAGAGCAGGAGUAGACAAAUUUAGUAGCUAGGAGCCACACUAAAUGUUUGGAGAUAGCUAAGGGUUUCAGUGGGCAGGACAGUGACAUAAAGACUUCAGAACUAGGAUCUUCUGGGAUUUUCCUUUGUUGUUUUCACAUUGAUGAAAGAAAAUUUGUGAACUCGUUAGAACUUCAGGAAUCCUGCAGUACAUACCUACAGUGGGAUCUGACCUUCAUCUAAAUCCUAUUAAUAAAGAGGUUGUGGUUAAACAACACACAAAA